UGUGCUUGUUUUAGUUUGAUUGGUUCAUUGUUUUAGUCUUUCUAAUCUUUAUUUUUCGCUCACACACAUGAUGUUGAUGAGCCCUCGCUGCUCCGGGGGGGCGGGGCUUGUGAUCCGAUGGAGCGUCGACCUUUCAACGCGGCUCAGAAAUCCCAAAUUCAAGUUAAUAUUUACAAAAGCGGAUUAUUGAUUAACUGCUGCAGCUGCUCAGUCACACACACGCACACGCACACACACGCACACGCACACACACACGCACACGCACACGCACACGCACACCGAGCAGCUCGGCCACUCAGUCCGCUUCACGAUGCUCCUCGUCCGGGUCUGCAGAGCUCUGGGUCCCCUGAGCCGAGGGGGUCCGCUGUCGCCAUGGAAACGGGCCCGCAGCAGCACCGCGGGCCGCCGGCUGGACCUCAGCGGGAUCUACCCGCCCAUCGCGACCCCGUUCACCGCCGAGGAGGACGUGGACUACCAGAAGCUGGAGGGGAACCUGCGGCAGUACGCCCGGAUCCCGUUCAGAGGUCUGGUGGUGCAGGGCUCCAACGGGGAGUACCCGUACCUGACGGAGGAGGAGCGGGUGGAGGUGGUGAGGGCGGUCAGGAGGUCGCUGCCCCCCGGCAAGCUGCUGAUGGCCGGAUCGGGCUGUGAAUCCACGAGAGCGACGGUGCGGCUCACGGAGAAGAUGGCGGCGGCCGGAGCCGACGUCGUCCUCGUGGUGACGCCGUGCUUCUACAAGGGCAAGAUGGACGUCCGCGCUCUGACCCAGCACUUCACGAAGGUGGCGGACAGCAGCCCGGUGCCGGUGGUUCUGUACAGCGUGCCGGCCAACACGGGCCUGGAGCUGCCGCUGGACGCCGCGGUGACGCUGUCAGAGCACCCCAACAUCGUGGGCCUGAAGGACAGCGGGGGAGACAGGCCGUACCAAGCGAGCAGCGUUCCGCAUCGAUAUCGAUACGCUCGGCGCUGUGGAGCGUCGUGUCCGGUGAAGAACCUUCGGCUGAAGACGCUCCGGCCCCGCCUCCUGCCGGGUCUCAGAGGACCGCAGAGGAAGCGUCUGCUCGCGGCGAGCCCUCGCAGCCGCUCUGCGUGGGAAGUGUCUGCACGGAUGCGUUGGUGGUUUGGGAAGACGGUGGUAGUUCGUCCGCGCGCUGGGAGACGGCGGCGUGGGCGUAGUGCAGGCCCACGGCGCCCUGACGGGCGGUGGGCGGGAAGAGGACUCAGAAGACGAGGGCGGGAGGUCGACUCGAGGAAGAGCUGCGAGAGAUUAUUCAGUUACAGACACGUCCUGCUCUGUGGAAGAUUAACCAAAAGAGUUGAGAAUCAUGUUUAUAUGUAGUUUAUAGUUAGUUUA